CCACUAUAUAAUAAUUUAAUAUUAGUGAAGAUGACAGCCAAGCGUUGCCAUGGUAACCGGGAGAUCAACAAAACAACAUUCCGGAGACGAGGUAAAGACAUACGCACACGCGGGGCGCGACGGUUGAUGCCACCACUACGCACGGUAGGAAGGGGUGACACUAAAAUAUGUACUACAAACAGAGCCGCACCAAUGGCAGAAAGACCAGUGACUCGAGGCAGGGACAGCAUGGAGAGGCCACCAUCCCGCUCAGCCAUCAUGGAGAGGCCAGACACUCGCCACUCCUCUGCCUUUGGUGACCGGCCUACCACUCGCAUGAAUGAAGGUAUUAGCCGCCCUACCACCUCAGGCCGCCCAGUCACAGCCCGUCCUGUGAGUGCUGCACUGAGGGGGGCACCAGGCACAGCCUCUCGGCUCCUCUCUACUGCCAGUCUACAGCGGCCUGGCACUCGUACUGGGGUGGCCACUGGCAUAGGUUUCACCACACCUAUCAAUGUGCUGGACCGACCCAUCACUCAGCAGGGCCUUAGUGGCAUGAAGACAGGCUUCCGAGGACCUGAACGUCAGGUUCAAGACAAGAGUUACUUUUUGGGUUUGUUGAGGACACGGAUUGCAGAGCUGGGAACAGAAAUGGGACGGCUGGGCUCUGAGAUUGAACUUAUGAAGCAGGAACAAAGCACAUUCCUCACUUAUGACAAGAGAGUCAAAGAGAUGGCGCAAGAGCUUACCGAGCUGCAAGGAGGGCUGGCUGACUACAACCUUCUUGUGGAUCUCAUCAACACUGAUACUGAGCGUGAUGAGGUAGACAUAGAAACUAAGGAGCUACGCCAAUCCAACCAACAGGAGGCUGAGCAGCUGGAUGUUCUAUUUACUCGUAAACAAGACCUUGAGGCCACCAUGAGGCAGCUUGAGAAUGAAAUUGAGGAGGAACGUCAUGCAGGAGAAAGUCUAGUGGAAGCUAUGCAGCCAAAUCUACGACAGAAAUACCUGAAAGUGCGUGCUGCCAACACAUCCCUCCUUCAGCACCUUGACAUCAUGCAACAUGAACUAGAUUCCCUUGAUGCCCGCAAGGCUGCACUUGAGGAUGAACUGGCUACUUCCAAGGUGAAGCAGGAGGCAGUAGUGCUGUAUGGCCGGCUAGCAGAGCUACAGGAGAAGAAAAAUGAGAUAAUAACACAGAACCAGCAAAGAGGUACUCCUAAGGAGGAGAGGGAAAGACUUCUGCAGCAGGUUAAAGAGGACAACUCUGAAAUUGCCACUAUGGAGCGACAAAUAAGUGAAGUACAAGAGCAAAUCCAACAACUGCAAGAUGAAUGUCAGCAGCUGGACCAGGAACUGGAUGAGAACAAGAGCGAAAGAAGUCAGAAGUACCGAGAACUAAGGAAAAGAGAGGAAACAAUAGACAGCUUUUUAUCCACCUUUGAAGAGAGCAAGAAGGAGGAGUUAAGUCGCCUAGAAGUGCUGGAGAAUAACAAUGUUGCUCUUCUGGAGAAGCUCUCACGACAUCUAGCUCACUUAAAACAACUACCAAGCUCCAGUGAGUUUGAAAUCAUGAGGUCUGAUCUGGCCUUUAAGGAAGGUGAAUUAGAGAAGUCCAAGUUCACAGAGGAGGGUCUCAAGAGUGAAAACCUCAACCUUCAGGCCAACCUCCAAAAGAUAGAAGCACUAGAAACAAAAGUGCAGAAAGAAAUGGAGGAUCUGAAGGAAAAACUGGCCAAGAUGACUCAAGAGAUGGAUGAGUAUUCUGAUUUGGAUGGAUUGAGAGCCAGAGCUGAUGAGCGGCGUAGACAGUUGGCACAAGAAAAGGAGCAACUAGAAACCAAAAAAAAUUCCAUUACACAGUCUUUGCAGGAAAUAAAUACUGCAGUGUCUACUCUCAAAAGCCAGUUACAUGAAAAUGAGACUCAUACACAACUAACCAACCUAGAAAAGAAAUGGAGUCAUCUGGAACAAACUAACUUCAGCCUACGGGAGUUUGUGGCACAACGCAGGGCAGAGUCCAAUUAUUUGCCAGUGAAGACUCAAGCCAUGAAGUUAGUGCAAGAUUACAACCAGGCUCUACAAGAGGUGGUGUUGAGUGGAUCCUCACUUACAUGAAUCUUUGUAUUCUGUAAGUUAUUAAAGAAAUUUUUAGUUGAAAAUGAUUGAUUUUUAUGAAGAUGCAAUGCUAUAGCUAUUUGGAAUUGUGCAUGGUAAUCUGUUUAUGUAAACAGAAGUACAGCACAGCUGGAGCAAUAUAGGAUUUAACAUGUUUGUGCUGGAACAGUUUCCUUGUCUAUGGGACAAGAAUGUUGGAGACGUUUGUAUAUUAUUGAAGAAAUUGUUAUCACACAAAUAAUACUGCCACUUUUCAUAGAUAAGGUUUCACAAGAAAAACAGUGUUUUCCUUGAUUACAUGUGUUCUGUUAAAUUGAAGAAAAAACUGUAUUCUUUGCCAGCAAAAAUAGAUGCUUAUUAGUAAUGGUGCCUCCCUCCUGAGGGCAUUAUAAUAUGAAGUCCUAUAGUGAGUAAUAACUGUUGUGACACCAAGUUCUACCCUUUCCUAACUCAGGUCAGCUUCCUUGAGCUAACUCUUGUAUAGCUCAAUGCAGAGUAUAACAAAAAUAUGAGAUCAUCAUCAUUAUCAUCUCACUGCUACAAUGUGGAGGAAUGGAAGGUACAGGAGAGGGGAUGAGGGUGGUGAGGCACACCCAGCCCCAGCCCAUCUUGACUCAUUCAUUACUAACUUUCAUUAUCAUAAAACCAAGCACCUGCAGGUGCAAGAAACUGUAAUGAUAAUGGAAAUUUUCUCCUAUUCAGCUAUACUAUGACUAUAAAGAAGACUUUUAAAACCUAUUUUUUUCUAAAAUGAAUAAAUUGAAAUGAAAAAUAAUAAAACAUUU